AGAAAGACAUCAGAGCACAAAGUAGAAGUGAGGAUCAGUAGAACUUAACACAGUGACAUAGACAGAGCAGAAGAAAAGAAGCAGAAGUGAAGUGAAGCUGAAUUUUAUCCAGGAUGAAGAUCCUCGUCAUCAUCCUCUACCUGAUCUCAGGUCCAGUAGACUGCUCUGAUGUGAUUGGUUACUCAGGUGGAAGUGUCAUUGUGUUCUCUGAUAUAAACAGGUACAAACACAAUAGUAAAUAUAUCUGCAAAGUGAAUGAAAAAGACUGCACUGAUAUAAUACGUGUUGACACCAAACGCCACAAAGUUCAAGAAGGAAGAUUCCUGUUGUAUUCAAACACAAACAACUUCUUCUUAGUAUUGAUCAUAAAGCUGAUGCCACAAGAUGCUGGAAUGUAUAGAUUUGGACUGGGGGAUCAGAGCAACUUGACCAUGAACCUAAACAUUUAUAAUUCUACAUCUUCUGGGUUGCCAACAAUAAUAAACGCUUAUCUUGGGCAGAAUAUUACCAUCACCUGUAACUAUCCAGGGGAGUAUGAGAGAAACACCAAAUUAGACAACACAGUGAAUGAUGACAUUAAAAUUAAUCGAAUUCUUAAUACUAACACAAAAUUUCAGAACGGCAGAUUCUCCAUUUCUGAUGACAGAAGUGCUAAAGUUUUCAGUGUGAACAUCAGCGACGUGAGAGAAACUGAUGAAGUAUUUUAUUUAUUUUGGGUGUGGAAUGGACACGGAUCAGUCAGAUAUUGGACCUACUUUACAGAGGUGUGGCUACAUGUUACAGAUUAUACACUUUCAUUCAAGACUAAAGAGAACAAACAAUAAAUAAACAGCUCGAGAGUACUGGAAAGGUGAUGAUGCUGUUACAUCUGACCUACCCAGAGCGAAGACAUGUACAGUAUACAAGGAUCUCAGAGAUGUAAGUUACCACCAAUUAGAUUUAAUGACCACUUGGAAAAUGGCAACAGAUGAAUCAGUACCACAAGAGGGAGGCAAAUAUACCAAACCUUGCUAUAUUUCCCCUAAGUGAUAUAAUGUAAAUAAUGUAUUCCCACUUCACACCCAGUGUUCCCAGUAUAGGCUCCAGAUCCACACAUUCCUGAAGAGGAUAAAUCCUUUACUGAAGCAGGAUUAAUAAAUUAGUAAAUAAAAUGAAUUAAUACAAUAAUGAAAGAUAAAGAUUUCAAACAUACUGAUGUGUAAUUUUUUUCCAAAAAUAAGUGGGCUUCCAUUCCUAAACAGGAGGAACCUGCCUGGAUUCAGACACGCUUGUGCAGCUUUUAUUGCACAUGAAGAAAUGUUAAGUAUAGAAUAGAGAGACAGAUAUGACCGCCAUUACAUAAUACAGUGAAGUGUAUAACAGGUCAUUAAGAACGUUGGGUGGGUUUCAUGCAGAUCUACAUCUACAGAUCUACCAGCUCCAGUUGGACUCUAUAAUACCAAGAGGAAAGCUGAACUCUAUGUGAUCUUUACACCAAUUCAACACUUGUUUGACUGUAUAUUUGUAAUCACACCCCCAGUGUCACCCAUAUGA